UGUUCCUUCUUUCAGGGGCCGGUAACCUUUGAGGAUGUGGCUGUGUGUUUCACUGAAGAAGAAUGGGCUGCGCUGGAUCCAGGCCAAAGGACCCUGCACAAGGAAGUCAUGGAGGAGAAUUACGGACUGGUGGCCUCUCUGGCAGGUAAUGAAUGGGAGAGCGAAAGGGAGACUGAACCAGAAGGGCUGCCAAGGGGGAAAGACUCCUAUAAAGAGGCAGACCAACAGCAAAGGAAAACCGAAGGCCAAGUGCGGAGACGGAGGAAUAAAUCUGUAACGUCUCAGGGUGUUGAAGUCUAUGAAAUCCCCAUUGAAGAAAAAAUGGAGAAAGGAAAGCGGAAAAGAAAAUGCCUCGUAUGUGGGAAAAGUUUGAGUUGGAAGUCUAGCCUCAAGGCUCACUGGAAAAUUCACACCGGGGAGAAACCAUUUAAAUGCCUGGAGUGUGGGAAGAGCUUCCGACAGAGGGCAAAACUAAUUACCCAUCAAAGAGUCCACACAGGGGAGAAGCCCUUCAGAUGCUUGCAGUGUGGGAAGAGCUUCAUUCAGAAUGAAUGCCUGACUUCUCAUUUAAAAACGCACUCGGGGGAGAAGCCGUUUAAAUGCUUGCAGUGUGGGAAGAGCUUCAGCUGGAGUCAUAACCUGACAUCUCAUCAAAGAAUCCACACAGGGGAGAAACCAUAUAGUUGCUCCGAGUGUGGAAAGAGUUUUUCUCAGAGGAGAGAUCUUAAUUCCCAUGAAAGAAUCCACACGGGGGAGAAACCCUACACCUGUUCCGAAUGCGGGAAGAGCUUCCACCAGAAUGCACACCUGACUUCCCAUCAAAGGAUCCAUACUGGGGAGAAGCCGUACAAAUGCCUGGAGUGCGGGAAGAGCUUCAGUCGGAGUUCGAGCCUCACUUCGCACCAAAGGACGCACACUGGGGAGAAGCCGUUCAAAUGCUUGCAGUGCGGGAAAAGCUUCAGCUGGAGCCAUAACCUGACAUCCCAUCGAAGAAUCCACACAGGAGAGAAGUCAUUCCAGUGCUUGGAGUGUGGGAAGAGCUUUAAUAAAAAAACCAAUCUAAUUUCACAUCAAAGGGUACAUUCGGGGGGCUGGAAAAAGGAUCCUGCAGAUAAUCACUUGAUGCUCCCUGCUCUAGGUUCAGAAGUUGUCCCCGUUUCCCAGAAUGCCACCUGUUCCCAGAAUCCCCUGGAUUACGAACCAACCCAAGAAGAAAAUUUCCAAUACUUUACCAUAUAUCUAAACGAGCAGAUUAUAAUCGUUCAAACAUAAAACAAACGCUUGACAAUGCAAACGGAGAUGCCCACGGACGGCACAAUGACCUUACGAAUAAAUUGACCUAAAUAUAGUAAUGAUGAAGGAAAUAUAAAUAAAUUAAAAUGUCUAUUUAA